UUUUCUCUCCCAAUAUCAAAUCAUAUGAAUAUGAUUAUGAAUUAUCCUAGGUAAAAUCCCCUAGAAGUAUAUAAUAGCUCCUAUUCCUACACAAAACAUUCACACAAAUUCUUUAGUCAACAUUUCAAUUUUUAACCAACAAUAAUAAUGGACCCCACAUAAACCCCCCUAAAAAAUCUCUCCUACCCCUAUCCCCUUCAAAUCCUCUGUUUUCAGCCUUUAAAAGCAGAACUAACACCUCCCCUCAACCCUCUUCCCUUACAAAAUCAAAACUCUUUCUUCCCUCCUUUAAUUUAUAUUCCUCCAAACCAAAAAAAAAAAAAAAAAAAAAAAAAAAAAAAAAAAACCUACCCAAAAUUCUUAAGCUACAUUUAUAUCAUAUAUAUUUUGUAUUUUCUCUCAAAAAAAUGCCAAUUAAUAUCAAAAAUAUGAAAGGCUUAGAUUUUUCAUGUACUUCACCAGCUUCAACAGCCAUUUGUUCUAGUACAGACCAACGUUACAUGGUCAAAAACACUACCAAAUCUCUUACUCGUUUAAAUUCAUAUUUAAACGACCAUUACAAAAAUUUCACUAAUAACAACAUUAUUAACACUAACAAUUAUUCCUUUUCUCCUAGAGCACCUUGCAUUUCUGAGCUUCCUUUCACUCCUAGGCUUUCCUCGUCAUACCGCGAAAAAACCCGAAAAAAACCUCCCUCAAGCUCUGUUGUCAAGCAUAGUGAUCUCACCACCCCCAGAAGGAAUAGCUCGGUUGAUAUAGCCGAGGUUCGACGACGGUACUAUGAUAAAUGCACCUACAAUGGUAGUUGUAGUCCACCUCAUAGUCAUUCCUCUAGGUACCUUUUAGGUGAGUCCAAAUUCUUGGAUUCACUUCAUGAGUCAUCUCAUCAUCAAAGCAAAAUUACUAAAAAUAGAAAGUUUAGUAAUAGUAACAAUGAUGAUGAUGCUUUGGCGUUGAUUCCUAGUACUCCUAUAUUGAGUAAAGAAGCUCAUGAAACGAAGAGUUUUGGGUCGUUCUUAGAUGCUGAAAAAGAUAAUAAGAAGAUUAGCAAGUCAUUAGUACUUGUUAAUAAUAAUUCGAGUGAUCGAAAUGAUAUUAAGUCGAAUAAUAAGGUUGAUUAUGAUGGUAUUAAUCAGAGACAAAAGAGUAUGGGAUAUGGCAGGAAUGAUUCUCUUGUUGUAAAGAAAUCGUCUUCUUCUGGUGCUCGAUCUCGUGACCAGGUUGUGGUACUGAGGGUAUCAUUGCACUGCAAAGGUUGUGAAGGCAAGCUUAGGAAACAUCUCUCUAAAAUGGAAGGGGUGACAUCAUUUAGCAUAGAUUUGGAAACAAAAAAAGUGACCGUGAUAGGAAAUGUGACACCAUUAAGUGUAUUAACAAGUAUAUCCAAGGUAAAGAACGCGCAGUUUUGGCCAUCACAAGCAUCAGCUUCGCCAUCAUCUUCCUCUUCUUCAUCAACUUCUUCUUCAACGGUCGACUUCAACUAAUUACAAGGAAAUUAUGCUUUCGGAAUCAUUGAAUUAUUAGUGUGAAUUUAAACUACUAGUUUGAAGCAGUUUCCAAUUACAUGAUGAACGAAGUUUGUGAAGUUAUUAGCAUAUUCUAGCUUAGCUUUUUUAUGAUCAAACUUUUGCCUUAUUUUCUAUUUUUGUGGUAUAGUACUAUGUACUGUAAAUUCCGGCCAAUCAAGCAACUUCGACAGUGUGUAAACUAUAUCAUUUCUAAAAUAUAUGUUACGAGGGUUUACAAAUUUUAUUGUUCUUAUAGAAUGACUCAAAUUGAAUCAUGUUAUAAGAUAACUUUUCUUCUAUUAUUCAA